AUGCAGCUCUUGGUUCCCGGUAACUCCGCAGUUUUCACCGUCAGCGACGUCCCCGCCGACCAGUUCAUCAAGAAGUGCGCCCGCCACCUCAAGGACUCUGGUUUCUUCGAGAUUCCCAAGUGGGCUGAAUAUGCCAAGUCUGGUUGCUCUCGCGAGUUGAGCGCUCACGACGACGAUUUCUUCUACAUCCGCGCGGCUUCCAUCCUCCGCAAGAUGGCCUUCAACGCCAAGGAGUGCGGCGUCGGCCGUCUCGCCCACGUCUACGGCGGCAGUCAGAAUCGCGGUGUCCAACCCUGCCACCACCGGAUGGCUAGCCGCAAGGUCAUCCGCUACUGCAUCCGACAGCUCCAGUCCAUGGAACUCGUCGAGGCCUUUGGUGACAAGCAAAAGAGACGCCUCUCGGUCAAGGGCCAGAGGUGCAUCGACCAAAUCGCCCGCCAGUGCGCCAAUUUUUAG